AAGAACAACAACACACCUUCAAACCUCAACCAUGUCAACCUCCACACCACCAAAGCCCCUCCCUUUCGAUUCCCAUGGAGAAAUCGGCGUUUUCCGAGCCGAAAAAUAUUUCAACGGCGGAUUGGACAUCCACGUGGACAGCCCAAGAACAAACCCACCCAACAACAAGCCCUCCAUAAACCUAGCCCCCGACGAGCCCUUCACGCCAAACCCAUGGCUCGCAACGCCCAGCGUUGCCUCAGAAUCAUGCACCACCACCACCACCACCACCCAGAAGCCAUUACUCAACACCCAUAAGACCCAUAACACUAAAGGCUUUCUUUCCCACGCGCUCGGCUAUUACUGCAUGUGUUAUUCACGCUCCGACAAACCCUCCGACGACAUCGGCGAAAUCAGUUUCAGCAGACCUGUAACAACCGCCCCAACGGCGUCGUUUAGAGACAAUUCUUUCACCUUCCAAAAUGGGUCAUUAAAAUUGGUUCAUUUCCAAGAACCGGAAGUGGAGCGGAAAUCCUUGGAGGUUUUCGGCUCGCCGGUGAUCGGCCGGCACAGAAAUAAACCGUUUAGCCUCGAGAAAAAACUCGCAAUGCUUUCAUGGGACCACACCAACAACAACAACUACAACAACGACGAAGCCAACAGCGAUUGCAGCUCCGAUUUGUUCGAAAUUGAGAGCCUCACAAAGCAAACCAACCCGUUUCAAUCGCCAACGCCGUCCUACUACGCCCCGAGCGAGGCUAGCGUCGAGUGGAGCGUUGUCACUGCCAGCGCGUUGGAUUUUGAUGAGCGGCGGAUUUCCACCACAAGUCCUGCAAGAGUGGCGGCGCCGCCGCCGCCGCCGCCGAGGAGGGUUGGUGUUAAUGAGCAAGUUGCUGUUGUUGUUCAGAAGCGGCGGUCCGGUAGUCUUUUGGGGUGUAAAAGUGAGAAAGCUGUGAGAGUUGCGGAGGAUAAUAGUAAUGGUCGGAAGAUUAGUGGUAAGGUGAAUUUCAAUUCCAGCUCGUCGUCGGUGUCAGUGUCGGUGCCGGUGCCGGUGUCGGUGUCGGUGAAUAGAUUUGAAGAUGAGACGAGGGUAAGGAGUUUUAGUUUUAGAUCACAAGCGCCGCCGCCAUUGCUGCCAUCGUCACGUCAUUCUCUUGCUACACGCUCGCUUCCUCGCCCUUAUUCGCCUCGGCUUUCAAAUAUAGCUUUCAAUAUACAUGAUAUCAUUGGAUAAUUUGUAUCGUUUUACAAUUGUAUGAUAUUGUUCCUCGAGUAUUACGUUUCUCACAUUUAAUUGUCAAAAAGAUAAUAGUAAUGGUCGGACAUAUGAUUUUCUCCUUAUCUGA